UGUCUUUAAAGCGUUGAGCUCCAGGUUGUUCUGGAUGCACCACGACACCAGAUGGUCAGACUCCCACGCAUGCAAUUAGGAAUCAGUUAUAAGGUCUCUCGUGAAUCAAAGUUGUAUCCCCGAGUAAAAUAUCCCAUAAUACAAAGUGAAAUGAGUGAAUCAAACUGUGCAAUUUAAUGCAAGUGUGAGUUUUUUCAUCAUUGACACGUAAUGGGACGGAAGAACUUAAUCAGACAGGUAACCACGUCCAACCAGACGUCAGAUCAUCUUGUUAUUUAAGCCACUAGGCCACUCUAUUAAUAGGUAAUCCCCCAUCAUGCCUCUGUGAGCGACACUUUGAAGCCAUGGCCUUUCUGUACGUCCCCUUUUCAUAAUCUGUGUCACCACCUAAGGUUAGAGGUCACGUGGUUCUUUUAUUGCCCCCGCACAACUGGUUUUAAGCCACAAAAUGCAGUGGACUGUUUAAGGGAAGAAGCUGUUCCUCAAUUCCAAGACCACAUGAUUUCAUCCAUACUUUUUCUUUGCAAGUCAGGACUUUAUCCUCCAAUCACGGCACAUGUGAGUUUCCUGUUUUGAACCACUGAACUGCAAAUUCAUCAAAAAUCUCAAGGCGGUGACUCAGUAAUGAAAUGAGCCUCUGAUGAAUAGUCAGACCGUCUCUCCAGUCUGAGAGAUACAAACGCAAACCCUCACCGAGUGACCGCAAACUGAGAAGCCACUAAGGAAGACACACGAAACCAUGGCAACCCCAAAAACCAGGAAGUCAGGUCACUGCGGAGACGCACUUCAAAUUUCUAAAAGAAAUAAAAAGUUAGAAUAAAUUGUCAAAAAAUGUCUAGUUAGAUUAGUUAGAUAAGAACUUCUUAGUUAGAUAAGAACUUUAACCACAUUGUCUCAAAUAUAUGCACUCAAGUACCAGACGCCGCAUUUGUAAAACAUAAUAUAUAUGUUUCAGUUUGUAUUUAUAUUUUUGUAAAACAAUUCUGAAGUUUAAAAAAAUAUUUUUAGGAAUUCUGUUUGAAAUUUGGAAAUUAUUUUGGAAAUACCUUAUUGGUUUAAUCCAUGUCUACCUAUACAUUGAAAGUAGGCACUUUUAUCAAUAUAUUCGAGAGGGAUGUGAUCACAUUUGACUGACAUUUAUGCACAACUGUUCACAAUUUUAAGUAUUUGAAUUUUUUUUUUCAAUUUUCCAACAAUAAAAGUCGUAAUAUUUUAAUUUGGAAUUCCUACAUUUUUAAAAUCCUUCUUAAAUAGUUUUUCUGAUCACUUCCGGGUAUUGACGAGUCAAAACAUGAAAGAAUGCAUACUAUUUGAAUAUACUGAAAAUGUGCUGAAAGGGCACAGGUUUUAGAGCCUUAGACGCGCUCCCGGGUGUCGGUGACCCGCUGCGCAGUGUUCCUUUAAAAGGCGGAACCCCGCAGCGGCCGGUGUGCGUCGUUUCCCCGCCCGGCUCAGCUGUGUGGGCCCUUUUUGUUUUUUUCCUCCCUCCCAGCAGUGACAUGGCAUAGAGGCGCCGUUGUGUGUCUCUCCAGCAGCAGCAGCAGCAGCAGCAGCAUCAUCCUGCACCAAUGGACGCGCUGCGGCCGCCGAAGCGGCGCGGCGCCUGCGACUCGACCACCGCGACGAAGAUGAUAACGAUGAUGACGAGGAGGAUGAUGAUGCCGGUAACGGCGAUGUGGAUGCUGCCGAGCGCGGCGUCCGGGCUGCAGGCGGAGGACGGAAUGGCAGAACUCGCCACGGAGAAGGAGGCGGAGGAAAGUCACCGGCAGGACAGCGUGAACCUGCUGACGUUCAUCCUGCUGCUGACCUUAACGAUCCUCACCAUCUGGCUCUUCAAGCACCGCAGGGUGCGCUUCCUGCACGAGACCGGGCUGGCAAUGAUCUACGGUCUGCUGGUGGGCGUCAUCCUGCGGUACGGCAUCCCGGCCACCAGCUACCACAACAAGACGCCGCCGAGCUGCUCGCUGAAGGAAGGGCCCGUCAGCACCGUGCUGCUCAACGUCAGCGGCAAGUUCUUCGAGUACACGCUGAAGGGGGAGAUCAACUCCAGGGAGAUCCACAACGUGGAGCAGAACGACAUGCUGCGCAAGGUGACCUUUGACCCCGAAGUAUUCUUCAACAUUUUGCUGCCGCCGAUUAUUUUCCACGCCGGGUACAGUCUGAAGAAGAGACACUUCUUCAGGAAUCUGGGCUCCAUCAUAACUUAUGCGUUUCUUGGCACCGCCAUCUCUUGCUUUGUCAUCGGGAAUCUGAUGUACGGUGUGGUCAAGCUCAUGCAGAUGGUCGGUCAGCUGACUGACAAGUUCUACUACACCGACUGCCUCUUCUUCGGGGCCAUCAUCUCGGCCACAGACCCGGUGACUGUGUUGGCCAUCUUUAAUGACCUCCACGCUGACGGGGACCUCUAUGCUCUGCUGUUUGGAGAAAGCGUGAUGAACGACGCUGUGGCCAUCGUGCUGUCAUCGUCCAUUGUUGCCUACCAGCCCAGCGCAGCGAACACGCACAUGUUCGACGCCGCAGCCUUUUUCAAGUCGGUGGGGGUCUUCCUGGGUAUUUUCAGCGGCUCCUUCGUGAUGGGCGCCGCCACGGCCGUCGUCACCGCUCUCGUCACCAAGUUCACCAAGCUGCACUGCUUCCCGCUGCUGGAGACGGCGCUCUUCUUCCUCAUGUCCUGGAGCACCUUCCUGUUAGCCGAAGCCUGCGGCUUCACAGGGGUCGUGGCCGUGCUGUUCUGUGGCAUCACGCAGGCUCACUACACCCACAACAACCUCUCUGCAGAGUCCAACACGCGCACCAAGCAGCUGUUCGAGGUCCUCCACUUCCUGGCUGAGAACUUCAUCUUCUCCUACAUGGGUUUGGCUCUCUUCACCUUCCAGAAUCACAUUUUCAGCCCGAUCUUCAUCGUCCGGGCCUUUAGCGCCAUAUUCAUCGGGAGGGCGUUAAACAUCUACCCGCUGUCCUUCCUGCUCAACCUCGGCCGGAGGCACAAGAUCAAAGGGAACUUCCAGCACAUGAUGAUGUUCGCAGGCCUGCGAGGGGCGAUGGCGUUCGCUCUGGCCAUCCGGGACACGGCCACCUACGCCCGCCAGAUGAUGUUCACCACCACGCUGCUCAUCGUCUUCUUCACCGUCUGGGUGUUCGGAGGCGGGACGACGCCCAUGUUGUCAUGGCUACACAUCAGGGUGGGUGUGGAUCCGGAUCAGGACCAGCAGCCCAGCGCAGACAGCUUCCAGGUCCUACAGGGGGACGGCGCCGAGGCCGAGGGGCUGAGCAGGACCAAGCAGGAGAGCGCGUGGCUCUUCAGGCUCUGGUACACCUUCGACCACAACUACCUGAAGCACCUGACCCACAGCGGCCCGCCGCUCACCUCCACGCUGCCGGCCUGCUGCGGCCCGCUGGCCAGCUGCCUGACCAGCCACCGGGCCUACGAGGACCAGCUGAGGGACCUCGACUCCGAAAUCUUCCGAAACGAUGCCGACCUCACCUUCACGUUCGGGGACACCUCCAUCACGGCCAACGGGGCGUCCGGCAGCGGGGACGCGGGGGUCUCGGGGGUCUCGGGCUGGAGCGCCAACGGGAAGCGGAGCGGCAGCACCUCGGAGGAGGCGCUGGAGCGCGAGCUGGACUCCCGCGAGCAGGAGCUGCUGAGCCGAGGCACGCGCCUGGUUUUCCCCAUCGAGGACCACAUCUGACCCCCUCCCCCCCCCCUCCUUCCCCCCUCUCUUGUCCUUUCAUCCUCAUCACGCAACUGGAGUUUGUCCUCCAGGAGACGUCUGUCCUCGUCAGGAGAUCAUCUUCUCCACUGCGAUUCAGUUUGACUGAUUGAUUCUUCUGCAGGAACCGCAGGGACGCCUUUAUUGUGCAGGAGGUGAAGAGUCAGUUGGCAACAUGACUUGUUUAGUGUUCAGCUGGGGGGGAGGAGGAGGAGGGAGGGAGGGAGGGAGGGGGGAGGGUGUUGCUCUCUCUCAUCACGUGACCUGAGCUUCUUCUUCUUCACAGCCUCAUCUAGAGGCUUUAACAGUUUACUGAUCAAACCACAGAGCUGGAGCUGCGAACAGGUGUGUGUGUGUGUGUGUGUUUGUGUGUGUUAUCGAACAGUGAAUGCCCCCCCCCCCGGGUGAAGAAUGUGAGCAUGUAAAUAGCCACAAUGCAGCGCUUUGUUCCUCUAUAUGGGGGGCGCUGCUCUCAGAGCGUCCCGUCCCGCGGCCGCUACCAAACGGCGUCUUUGUGUGUGUGUGUGUGUGUGUGUGUGUGUGUGUGUGUUGUCCGCGUGCUGGACCGGUUUUCACAGCGAAUGUUUUUCUCUUAUUGUUUCACAUUUAAACGCAACUUGAACUGACGAGCUGGAUUUCUACUGGUAGUAAAUAUUUGCAAAAAAAACACAAAUGUAAUCUGUAUUUUUGUUGGGCUGCAUCUUUGUUCUUUUUUUUAAUUUUUAUUAGCAACACUUCUUAGAAUGUCAUAAAAUAGAUUAGAAAUGUCUUAAUGCUUCUUAUUUCCAACCUGAAGAAAAAAAGAAGAAAAAAAAGAUUGAAGUCUUUAAACUUGAGGAAGUGAUUUUUGUUCCAUUACACGCUUUCUUUUCCGGACCAGGAGAAGAUUUGCAUGCAUAGAUAUUGUAGAACUUGUAGAACUUGUAAGUUUCCGUCCAAUAGCGACUCAUUUGCACAUUGAAUAACGAAACGGAUAAUUGCCUUAAUGUAAUGAAUCGGGGGUCGUAAUCCCUGUAGAGUCUCUUCAUCAAAGGUCCUAAACAAAGAAGAGACGUUGAUACCAAACUGUGAUUAUUCUCUUCAACGCUGACAUUCAUCCUGUAAAUGAAGCUAAAACCGAAUGUGUUCGUCUCGUUGACCCUCUGAGUCCUUCACGGGACGUCUUCACCUCUCGUGUCCCUGUAAUUCCCAUUUACUGCGCACAUGUAACGUAAACGGAGGACGUUUGCCCCCCUUUUCUUUCUUUAAAUCCAUCGAGCGAGGACACACGGUGUGAGGGGGCAGGAUGGUGUAACCAGAGAAGUUGUUGUUGGUUGUGGCUCGCUGGGGGUGAGACGCUUGCGGAGAACGCUGGUCUCGACACAAAAAAAACAGAACUGGAACUUCCCCCAUACACCCCCGUGGAUUGAUGUCAUCACGUUUAUCUGAGAAACGUGACGCGUAGCUCCACUGUUACCGUGUGCAGCGGUUGCCCGUGGCAACUGGCCGCCUGGUUCUACUCGCCAUGUUUCUGCAUGUGAAUAGAAAUCAUUGAAUUGCGAGUAGCUCGAUUUAUUUCCCUUCUGGUCAAAGGUGACUCUUUAGAGGGGGAAUGUUUAAAUGUUAUUUUACUGAUAUGUGGGACUUUGUUGAAUCUGAACCCUUUAGUGUCAGAGGAAUAAAGGAUCCAGGAACCCUG